UGUUAAUCUUCUCGGCAGGCGGACGGUGGCCGUGGUGGCUGCGCUAAGCAGCCAUUUAUUUUCAUUAACCGACAAACUCCCGGCGGUUCCCGGCACUUCGCUCAUCGUAUGAAUGUCUUUUUAUGAACUCGGAGGGUCGGAUAUAGGGAUGUCCGCGCCGGGGUACCCGGGUUUCGGCUCCUCUGUCGGGCACGGCGUGGGCUCGGCACCGCAAGGAGGAGUAGCAGCGCCGCUUCAAGCGGGUCCAGGACAGACGUAUCCCACCACGUAUCCUGCUGCAGGUUACUACAGCAACCCACCACAAAGCUACCCCACAAUGUCAAACCCCUGUGCUCCAGCCUCCAGCAAAGCUCCUGUAAUGAACAGCCAGUAUCACCCCAGUUACUAUCACAACAGCCACCCUCAUACAGCGCACUCAAAUGCUGUGCCAGGCCAUGCCAACUAUGGAGGGGCCCUGGUUCAAGCUCCGCCUCUUCAGCCUUACAGCACUGCUGCUCCGCCUACUUCUGCUGCUGUCCAUGCAAAUCAGCACUCUCAGCCAUUCCAGCAGCACCCAGGUUAUCUGGGUGCCUACUAUGGACCGUACACAGCCUCUCAGGGCCCUUCACACUACCCAGUUGUGUCCUACCCCUCUGCUGCAGGGGGUGGUCAGUACAACAUGCAGCCUUCUUCACAGGCUUCGCUGCAGCAGGUCUCUCGUGGAAAUGGCACCCUGCCUGCUUCAACUUCGACAACAGCUCCUUCCAGCUAUGGUGCACUCCCAGCUGGCCCUUCGGUGGCAGUUAAUGGGCAGGUUAACACAGUUUCACUUCCUGCUCUUCAGCGCUAUGACCAAAAUCGGCCAGCCUCAGCCCAUCCUUAUACAGGAGUCCAGUCUGAUGCUGGAGGACCUGCCAGCGAUAGACCACCUUCUCUUCCCCCCUCCACCUCAGUCCAUUCCUCUCCUAGUCAUCGGCAAGGCACACUGCGUGGAUAUGUCGCUAAUAGCGGGGUUAGCUCUGCCACUGCCGCCCCCUCAUCAUCGAGCUCCGAUGAUGACGACGAGGAGGAGGAGGAUGAGGAAGCAGGUGUGGAUAGCUCCUCCAGCGGCAGCAGUGCCUCUCCCGUCCCCAACAACUACGAUUCCUUGGAGGGUGGAAGCUACCCAGAUACCCCUUCAGUUCCUCCAGCCACUGACUCUUCGAAAGCAGCCCCACCUUUUGGCUUUGGGUAUCCCAACCUCCAGCCAGCCUAUCAGCAAAGUCCAGCCAGCAGAAAUGACUCCACCCCAUCCUACAGUGGAUUCAAUCCACCUGGGUACCAGCAGUUCUCACAGCCCUUUCCCACCAUGUCCCAGUUGUCGGCAGCAUUGGGGGGAAUCGGCGGCGUGUCCGAGCUGGAGGUGGAGGGACUGCGGCCAGUGAACCUGCUGCAGGAAAGGAACAUCCUACCGCCUGGGCCUGUGCCGCCUCCAGAGCCUAACCUAAGCACGGACUUGCGGAAGGUCAACUGCAGCUCAGACACUUUCCGAUGCACCUUGACCAACAUUCCCCAGACCCAGGCGCUGUUGAACAAGGCCAAGCUUCCCCUAGGCUUGCUUCUACACCCUUUCAGAGACCUCACGCAACUACCGGUUAUAACAUCAAACACCAUUGUGCGCUGUCGCACCUGCCGGACCUACAUCAACCCGUUUGUAUCUUUUUUGGACCAGAAGCGCUGGAAGUGUAACCUGUGUUACAGGGUCAAUGACGUUCCUGACGAAUUCAUGUACAACCCAGUGACCCGCUCAUAUGGAGAACCACACAAGAGGCCAGAGGUGCAGAAUUCCACAGUGGAGUUCAUCGCUUCCUCAGAUUACAUGCUUCGCCCUCCUCAGCCUGCAGUCUACCUGUUCGUUCUCGAUGUGUCCCACAAUGCAGUAGAAACUGGCUACCUGAACAUCUUCUGUCAAUCCUUACUAGAGAACCUUGACAAGUUGCCAGGGGACACACGUACACGGGUGGGAUUUGUCACAUUCGACAGCACCAUCCACUUCUACAACUUGCAGGAUGGCCUCUCCCAGCCGCAGAUGUUGGUGGUGUCUGACAUUGAUGAUGUCUUCAUCCCAACUCCCGACAGUCUGAUGGUCAACCUAAAGGAAAGCAAGGAGCUGGUGAAGGACCUUCUGAACACCCUGCCCGCUAUGUUCACCCACACCAGGGAGACCCAUAGUGCCCUGGGCCCCGCCCUGCAAGCUGCCUACAAGCUCAUGUCCCCCACAGGGGGCCGUGUAUCAGUCUUCCAGACUCAGCUUCCCACACUGGGUGCUGGCCUUUUGCAGUCCCGCGAAGACCCCAACCAGAGAUCCAGCACCAAGGGCGUACAGCACUUGGGCCCAGCGACCGACUUCUACAAGAAGCUGGCGCUAGACUGUUCGGGCCAACAGAUCGCUGUGGACCUCUUCCUCCUGAGCUCCCAGUACUCGGACCUGGCCUCGCUAGCCUGCAUGUCCAAGUAUUCGGCCGGAAGCAUCUACUACUACCCAGCAUUCCACCGCAUCCAUAACCUGCCCCUGCUGGGAAAGUUCCAGAAGGACCUGCAGCGAUACCUGACCAGGAAGAUUGGAUUUGAGGCUGUGAUGAGGAUAAGGUGUACAAAAGGCUUGUCCAUCCACACCUUCCAUGGGAACUUCUUUGUCCGCUCAACUGACCUGCUGUCACUGGCAAACGUCAACCCUGACUCUGGGUUUGCGGUACAGAUGUCGAUAGAUGAGAGCCUGGCCGACACUUCGCUGGCGUGCUUCCAGGCAGCGCUGCUGUACACCUCCAGCAAAGGAAAGAGGAGAAUUCGAGUGCACACACUGUGUUUGCCAGUUGUGAGCCAGCUAAGCGAUGUGUUUGCUGGGGCUGACAUACAGGCCAUCACCUGCCUACUAGCAAACAUGGCUAUCGACCGCGCCAUAUCCUCCAGCUUGUCGGAUGCACGGGAUGCCCUGGUCAAUGCUGUGGUGGACUCACUGACCGCAUAUCGGAAUGGAGUUUCAGGCCUGCAACCUGCGGGUCUCACAGCUCCCGCCGCACUGCGUCUCUUCCCGUUAUACGUGCUGGCGCUGCUCAAACAGAAAGCCCUGCGCACUGGAACCAGCACUCGUCUGGACGACCGUGUCUUUGCCAUGUGUGAGUUCAAGAGCCAGCCACUGCGUCACAUUAUGCGCAUGGUGCAUCCAGAUCUGUUUCGCGUUGACAACUUUUCUGAACAGCAGGGGGCACUCCACCUGAACAACUGUGUGGUCCCCCAGCCCCAGCUGCUCCAGCUGACAGCAGAGAAGCUGACUAGAGAGGGAGCUUUUCUCAUGGACUGUGGCAGUGUGCUGUACUUGUGGGUGGGGAAGUCCUGCAGUGAGCUAUUCAUAAGGGAUGUUCUUGGCUGCCCCAACCACACCUCCAUUCCACAGAAUAUGACUCAGAUCCCUGAUUUAGACAACCCUUAUUCGGAAAGGAUGAGAACUUUCCUCAACUGGCUGCAGGAGUCGCGCCCCUUCUGGCCAGUGCUUUAUGUUGUGAAGGAUGAUGCUUCUGCCAAGAUCAGCUUCUUCCAGCACUUGGUGGAGGACCGCACGGAAUCGGCCUUCUCCUACUACGAGUUCCUCCUCCACAUCCAGCAGCAGAUGUCCAAGUAGGCAGGUCUCAGCAUGCUGCUCCCAUGGCAGACAGGAAGUAAGCGCUGGCACACCUUUAGCAGGACACCUGCAGCUCCACCUCCACCUGACUUUGUAGGGUAGGGCUACAGAGGUGAUAGCAGCUGGUGUGUCACCUGGUGUGGAUUGGGGCAUGGCUCUGUGAGCCCCAUAAGAAGAUCAUGAUGUUGAUGAGGAAGAACUGAGAGGAUAUACGGCGUUCUAGAAAGUGUCUUUAUCCCGCCUCCUUCUCACUGCGGUCAAGGAGAGCGCUUCCCCAUUUCGCAGCUCCUGGUUCCCUCACCUGCUCUGUUGUCCUCUUCUUCAUCCUUCAUACACACAAAUGGAUCUGCAGAGGGGGCAAAAUGGUGAAUGAGUGUAGGAUCAUCCAGUUUUGAUGCAACGAACUGUCAGCCAAUGGGGAGAGCCAUCUUGCAUGUCGUUCUGCGUCGUCCCAGUGUUCCCCUCCGUCACCACCCACACUACACAUUCCUGACAUGUCAGUCGUCAUGUGUUAUGGAACAUGCAUUUGAUGUUUCUGUGCUCUUGACUGUGGUGGACUUUACCCCAGCAAGAGUAAAUGGUGCCCCCUCUAGAUCCCCCUUUCCCACCCACUCCAGCCUGUGUGAUCAGACACCUCUUAAGUUGAUGUAACAUCUUCCUCUUUUUUUGGGCAAUAACAGCAGUCGUUCUCCACUUUGUAAUUCUCUUGCACAUCUUUUAUGUAAGGUUAUUUAUGAUCCGCUUAUUAAAUAAAACAAAAGUAUUUUC